AUGGUUGAUGCUGAUACUGUUAGGAAAUACACACAUCAUUUACCAUUUGACACCUGGAUAAUUAUUCCUUCUGUUGGCAAGUCUGGGGGUCUUGCAUUUGGUUAUUUUGAAAAAUCAACUAUUGAAAUACUAGGUUACUCUCUUAACAUGAUACAUAUCUUGUGUGAUGUUACUCCUGCAAUCAAAAACUGUGUAAUAUCUUUUUUUUAUGGCUCCUUAAAUCUGCUUGGUAUGAAAAACCAAUGGAAUUUUCUUAGUGACAUGAAUGAUAAUAACAAUAACCCCUGGCUUUUACUAGGAGACUUUAACUUUAUCUUGCAUGAUUCAGACAAACAAGGUGGUAAUCCUUCUAAAUCCUUACCACCUAAUUUUGUAAAAGAUAAACUCUUUGAGAUGAAUAUGAAUGAAGUUUACUCCUUUGGUAAUACUUUUACUUGGUUCAACAGCAGAUUUAAAAAUCCGAAUGAACUGAUAUUUGAAAAGUUGGAUAGGGCUUUUAUGAAUGAUAAUUGGGUCACAGUUCUUCCACAAACUCGUGCCAUUAACUUAGGAAGGAUUUAUUCUGAUCAUAGUUAUUUUUUGGUUAAUUGUUUUCAUGGUUUUCGUAACUUAAAUAUUCCGUAUAAGUUCUUUAAAUGCUGGAAACUUAAUCCGGAAUUCAAAAAUAUUUUAAGUAAUUCCUGGUCCAAAAGAAUUUCUGGGUCUCCUACUUUUGUUGUUGUAAAUAAGCUCAAGAAUGUGAAAUUGGAUUUAUGCAAAUGGAAUAUUAAUUCCUUUGGGCAUAUUAAGACUACAAUAGCUAGACUCAAUUCUGAGUUAGAAAGGUUGCAAGCUUUGCCCUAUUCUCCUCAGGUGGGACAGUAUAUCUUGAACUAUUCUAAUCAACUUGAUUACUGGUAUGAAAUAGAGCAUAGUUUCUAUAAACAAAAAUCGAGGAUUAGUUAUUUUACUCAGUAUGAUAGGAACACGCAUUUCUUCCAUAAUACUGUUAAGCUAAGAAAUAUGUACAACAUUAUUCAUACUACUAGAGAUGAGAAAGGUAAUUGGAUUGAAGAUAAAGUCCAGGUUGUUCAGUUGCUCUCUAACCAUUCAAAAAGAUUUUCUCUACUUCAUGUCCUGGUAAUAAUGCCAUUGAGAAAGCUUUAA